UGUAGAAGGAAUAGCGAAUCAAAGUUCAACAUACCAAGAUUUCGGUGCUUAUUUGGCUAUUAAUGGACCAGCAAAUAAUGAAUGGAAUGAUGGGUGCUCAUCUACAGAUGCGUGGAAAACGACAGCAUUGUGGGGAUUACUUCUACCAAAACUAGCCUAUGUGACAAAUAUUGAAAUAUAUUAUCGAGGGGACAAAGCCAACCGUAUGAAUAAAUUUCGUUUGUAUCUAUCCAAUGCUACCGUUGGCGCCAAGGAUGCCUUCCUUUGUUACACAGAUCUAGGAAUACCUGGCGAUCCUGACGUUACCCAGGAUAUCAAUUGCAAUAAACUCACGAAAAAUGUUUAUUUCUUCAAUAGAAGAAAGUCUGCUCCAAAUGGCGAAGGUGCUUUCGUAGAAUUAUGCUAUAUAGCAAUAUAUGGAUGCUGGAAAGGAACAUGGGGUGUAGAUUGUACAAAUGCAUGUCCAGCUUACUGUAUAGACCACCACUGUUACCCUAGAAAUGGUUCUUGUAUUUGGGGAUGUGAAUCUCCUAACUGUCUUUAUUCCAAGUGUGAUAAGAACACCGGCAUUUGCACAGAUGGGUGUAAAACUGGACUUGUUGGACAGAACUGUAAUAACAGUUAUUAUAAUAUUGCUUCUAAUGGAACGGCGACUAAAAAUCCUCCGAGCAAAAGUCAUCCAGCAUAUCUGUCCAUCGAUGGAAACCGGACGGGUAGUUGUUCAAGGACAUCUGGACCUCACUCAUAUCUCCAGGUUGACACUGGGUUUACGAGUAUCAUAACCAUGAUUUAUCUGACUUUAAAUGGGUCUGCACAAUUGAAUGCUGGCAGUUAUUCAGUAUAUUGUACAAACACAAGUGACGACUGGACAGACGCGAAAGUAUUAUACCACGGCCUUCGUCCGACGGAAGAUAUUCAUGUAUCUGCUGUAUGCAGAUAUGUUAUCUAUGUACCACCUACUAUAAGUGGAAAUUCCGAAGUCGAUUUGUGUGAAAUAGAAAUUGGUGGUUGUCCUUUUGGAAAAUAUGGAGUGAACUGUGAAAUGAACUGUUCAGAAAACUGCAUAAUAGGAUCUUGUAAUUUAGUUAAUGGAAACUGCACACAUGGUUGUGUUGAUGGCUGGUUUGGUGAAAGGUGCAACGAACCCUGUUAUGAAGGUUGGUUUGGAAAACAAUGUAUCCACGCAUGUUCAUCGCACUGUUUCUUGCCUCCUUGUGACCAUGUGACGGGAGAAUGUAAUGGAGGAUGUCAAAAAGGAUGGAAAGAUAAUAACUGCUUUGAUGAAUGCAGUCAUGGAUAUUUUGGAAGAAAUUGCUCACAGUCAUGUGAUGGAUGCAUAUCGAACAAUUGUGACCGUUUUGACGGCUUCUGCAAUGUCGGAAACAAAUGUAAACCAGGGUAUAUAAAUCACCCAAAAUGUAAUCAAUCAUGUGAUUACUGGUUCUAUGGUGAAAACUGUGCCAAAAAAUGCAACUGUCUCUCUGAGCCUUGUAAUAAAUCUACUGGAUUGUGUCCUGACGGGAAAUGUAACAAAGGAUGGUUUGGUGAAUCUUGUAAUAAAGAAUGCAGCGAAGGAUAUUACGGGUACAAUUGUAUCGGUUACUGUAGCAACUGCUUUAACACGUCAUGUGAAAUAUAUGAAGGCAAUUGUACUUAUGGUUGUAUUGAGAAGUUAAGUGGUCCACAUUGCAAGGAAGCUGACUUUCAGCCGUUAGAAGAACAAGGACCUGUUACAAUCGUUAUAGGAGGAAUUUGUGCUGCAAUAUUUGUGGUGAUUCUUGCAAUUAUAUGUUUUAUCGUUUACAGACGGUUCUUUAGAUUGCAAAAACACAGAAAUCAUCCAACUAUGAGAGAAAAUACAAAGACUCGUUCAGCUACAACAGAUCAGGGUGUAAUGUAUGAAAACGUGAAAGGCGACUUUACAAGUUCAGAAAAUAUACGACUAUCGUUUGAAGAAAAGCACGAUGGAAAAAUCCAAACAUUUGAUAUAAGUUCUAAUGAUUUGCCAGAUGAAGAGGAAGAGGGGAAUGUCAAUGUAUAUGGCAAUGUUAUUUCGGAAGAUGAUAUAUGUCAGUACAAAAUUCAAAUUGAGGACCUGUCAAACGUGAUAAAUGAAAAGCGUAAAGACAAUGGCUUUGAAAAUGAAUAUGGGAUGUUCCCAAAAGGUCUAAUUCAUGCUCAUGUUGAGGGAUCAAAAGAAGAAAAUAAAGCUAAAAAUAGAUUUUUGUCGACAUGGCCAUAUGACCACUCCAGAGUAGUUUUGAAAGGAGAUACAAAAUCGGAUUACAUAAAUGCAAAUUACAUCGACAGCUAUAAUAAAGAAAAGGCGUACAUUGCCACACAAGGUCCCAAAAAAAAUACAGUGAGAGAUUUCUGGCAUAUGAUAUGGCAGGAAAAUGUUGACAAAAUAGUGAUGGUCACCCAACUGGAGGAAGAAGGAAAAAAAAAAUGUGACCAGUAUUGGCCACAGACAACUAACAAGCCAUUGAUAGUAGACAAAAUUAUAUUAACCAUGGAUGUAGAAAAGGAACACUCUGUAUACAUGUACAGGCUGAUAAAAGUUAGACACAAAUUGGAAAAACACGAACGAAAGGUUCAUCAUUUUCACUUUACACAAUGGCCUGAUCAUGGUGUUCCAGACAGUAUAAAGCUGGUGAAUUUCUAUAGAGCAGUCACGAAUAUGAGCUGUGAUCAGCCUGGACCACUUCUCGUACACUGCAGUGCAGGCAUAGGCAGAACGGGUACAUUUAUUGCAAUAGAUUCCUUAUACGAACAUGGAAAAUCAGUUGGUUAUAUUGAUGUCAAGGAAUAUGUGAAGAUUAUGCGGAAGGACAGAAUGAAUAUGAUUCAAACAUUUGAACAAUACGAGGCUGUCUUUGAAACAUUGCAAGAAUUGUUUACCGUGCCAGAUACAUCUAUUCCAGUAUAUGAUUUCUGUAGUUACGUUCAAGAACAAGAAAAUAACAAAGUUCCACAAAAUCAAAAGACAUACCGAUUAGAGUUUCAGAGGUUGCAAAGUCUUCGUCCCUCAUACUCUGCUGACAAUUUCACAUCUGCAAGACUCGAAGAGAACAUUUCAAAGAAUGCAGUAAAUUCUAUUUUACCACAUGAUGACUAUAGGCCAUAUCUCAUGUCCUUUGGUAAGAACAAAACCAAUUACAUAAAUGCAGUUAUAAUACCAGGAUACUCAGUACAAGGAGCCUUUUUGGUUACCCAAUGUCCAUUAAAAGAAACUGUGGUUGAUUUCUGGACAAUGGUGUAUGAUCACGACUCCAGUAUUGUUGUUUUAUUGGAUACACUUAAUGAAGAUGCUCCAUUAUGGCCAAGAACAGAGAAAAGACUGGAGUUUGAAAAUUUUAACAUUGACCUUGAUAUUGAUAAGACACCGAUAGAAGUUCAACUUUCUAUUGUUCAACGAGUGAAUAAACAAGAUAAAAGAUCUAUACGUGUGUUCUGCGCAGAGCAAUGCGAAAGUGGCAACUCUUCGCUACCUUCUACAGCUGACAUGCUGGCACUGUUGCAAAGAGUGAUUGAUCAACGAAAACAUCACACAGGUCCAGUGACUGUCGUUUGCAGCAAUGGCGCAACACAGAGUGGACUGUUUGUUGCAUUAAGUUUGAUUUUAGAGAAAAUGAAGAUAGAUGAUCAAGUCGAUGUGUUCCAAGUUAUAAGAACAAUACAAAUUCGGCGACCAGAAUUUGUGACAAAUUUUGAUCAGUACGAGUACUGCUACAAGUGUAUCAAAGAUUACCUAGAAGAACAGUCAGUAUAUGCGAAUCUUUAG